UCAUCUCCGGGCGACCACAGAGUUCUGCUUGGCGCCAAGCGUUUGCACGGUUUUCUCACUUUCCUGACAAAUAACCUGAAAUUAGAGCUGCAAGAAAAAAAGCCUCUUCAUAAUGGACAUCAGGCGGUUUUUUGCACCGACUGCAGGGAAGCCUGCGGUGCAGAAACCAGCCCCAAAUGGAAACUUGAGAGCAGAGGAGAAGAAGAAGAACAAGCCUCUGUCUCCAGAUGAGGAGGUGAAACAGAAAAAGAAAGAGACCAGCAAGGUCAGAAGCUCCAAAACAGAGGAGAAACGCAAGGAUAGUGAGAAAAAGCGAAAGAAGCACGCAGUCAUAGAGUCGGACUCGGAGGAGGAGCCAGUGAAGAAGUCAAAGAAAUCCCCCAAAGGGAAACAGAAGACCAGCAUGGCAUCGCCACCUCCCAAAAAGGAUCCUGUGCAGUAUGUCUCUGAAACAGACUCAGACAGUGAUAACUUUCAAUCGUUGAAGAAGGUCUCCAAAACCAAGCAGAACGACACGUCCAAAACGGCAAAGUCGGAUGCACAGAGUUCUCGUCCAGGGGCCAAAGAGGGGGUAAAGACUCCUGUCAAACCCUCCUUCGCACAAGGGAAAGCCGGGAUGAAGUCUCCUCCUGUGCCUGUCACCCCUAAGUCGGAGCCUCCUCCUCAGCCUAAACAAACCCCCACCUCAGUACUCGACUACUUUGGCAGCGGGGCUGUUCAGCGCUCAGACAAGAAGCUGGUAGCCAGUACCAAACGAAAGGCUCCAACUCAGGACACAGAUGAUCUGAUCAGUGAUGAGGAAAUCGCCAGGCAGCUGCAGAUGGAUGAGGACAUGCAGCUGGAAAAGCAGGUCCACGAGGACGAGGAGUUCGCCAGAACACUGGCCAUGCUGGACGAGGAGCCGCAGGCGAAGAAGGCUCGUAAAGGCUCAGAUGAAAAACAAGCCCCUGCCACGAUUCCCAAAAAGAGCCGCACGGACUCUGCUGCUGGCAGCACAAGCAGCCCCUCAAAGACCAACAGGAGCAUGUCGGAGGAUGUGAUCAGUCCGUCUCCUAAGAAGAACCUCGCCCCUGUCAAAGCCAGCUCCAAACUGGCCAUGAUGAAAAAAAAGGAUGAAGAGAAGGACGCAGGGCCAAAGAGCAAAACCGUCGUGUCACCCACAAAAAUGAAAACCUCUCCCAGAAAGGAGCCCCACGCUUCAUCGAGCUCAGGCAUGAAGUUCACACCCAAAACUGGAACAACACCCACUGCACUUAAAACUUCUCCCAAGAAACCAGAGAGCACAAGCACGAGUCCUGACGACGCUGAGAAGAAGAAAGCCAACACUUCAGCUUACAGGAACUUCCUCAACAGAGACGGACCACGAGCUCUGGGCUCCAAGGAAAUCCCAAAGGGAGCAGAGAACUGUUUGGAGGGCUAUGUGUUUGUGUUGACGGGGGUCCUGGAGUCUAUGGAGAGAGAUGAUGCCAAAGCCCUCAUCGAGCGCUACGGAGGCAAGGUGACGGGUAACAUCAGCAAAAAGACCACCUACCUGGUGCAGGGCAGGGACAGCGGAGCCUCAAAGCUCGAGAAGGCCGAGAAUUUUGGUACCAAGGUCCUGGAUGAGGAUGGUCUGUUGGAGCUGAUCAGAACCAAACCAGGAAAGAAGUCCAAGUAUGAGAUUGCUGCAGAGGCGGAGAGCAAAGCCUCAAAGACCAAGACUCCCCCAGGCCAGACUUCAAAGGGCACCCCCAAAGCCCAGAAGAUCUCACCCUCCAAAGGUAAUUCCAGGUCCCCUCAGACCCCGAGCCCAUCAAAGACUGGCCUGGCACAAGGUCACGGUGGCAGGACAGGAGGUUGUGGCACCCCACCUGGGAGAGGCUCAGGUCACACGGCCCGGAGGGAGCUGGGCCUUUCCUCCUCGUCUUCCAUCUGUUCACCUUCAACCCCGGGACCAGCAUCCCCGUUGACGACUGGGGAGGACGCCAGCCUGCUGUGGGUGGACAAGUACCGCCCGCGCUCUCUGAAGUCUGUGAUUGGCCAGCAGGGAGAUCAGAGCUGUGCCAACAAGCUGCUGCGCUGGCUGCAGAACUGGCACAAAAACCACAGCACCACUGCUUCCAAGCCUUCAGCAAGGUUUGGUAAAUUUGGAGGAGGGAAAGAUGAUGGAUCAGGACAUAAAGCUGCUCUGCUCUCUGGACCUCCGGGAGUGGGGAAGACCACCACUGCUGCCCUGGUCUGUGAGGAAUUGGGCUUCAGCUACGUGGAGAUGAACGCCAGCUGCACUCGCAGCAAAAACAGCCUGAAGGAAGUCGUCGCUGAGUCACUUAACAACACCAGCAUCGAGAACUUCUACAAAGGUACGUCUCAGACAGUGAGCAGUAAACACGUCCUGAUCAUGGAUGAGGUUGAUGGCAUGGCUGGAAAUGAGGACCGUGGAGGAAUCCAGGAGAUGAUCGGCCUGAUCAAAAGUUCGAAGAUUCCCAUCAUCUGCAUGUGCAACGAUCGUAACCACCAGAAGAUCAGGUCACUGGCCAACUACUGCUUCGAUCUGCGCUUCCAGAGGCCUCGAGUGGAACAGAUCAAGGCAGCCAUGAUGUCCAUCGCUUUCAAGGAAGGAGUCAAGAUCCCUCCCCCAGCUCUUAACGAAAUUAUCCUUGCUUCCAAUCAAGAUGUCCGACAGGUGGUCCACAACCUGAGCAUGUGGUCGGCUAAAGACAAGGUGAUGACGUACGACCAGUGCAAGUCUGACGCAGCCAGAGCCCGCAAGGACAUGAAACUGGGGCCGUUUGACGUUUGCAGGAAGGUGUUUGCCACGGGGGAGGAGACUGCCCACAUGAGCCUCAUCGACAAGUCCGACCUCUUCUUCCACGACUACUCGCUAGCGCCACUCUUUGUCCAAGAGAACUACUUGCAUGUUCGUCCAGCGGCUGCCGGUGGAAAUCCGAAGUCCCACCUGGUGUUGCUGAGCAAGACUGCGGACUCCAUCUCUGAUGGAGACCUGGUGGACAGACGGAUCCGCUCUGGGCAGAACUGGUCACUGCUGCCUACCCAGGCCAUCUAUGCCAGUGUGUUACCAGGCGAGCUCAUGAGAGGCUACAUGAACCAGUUCCCCACAUUCCCCAGCUGGCUCGGCAAGAACUCAUCCACCAGUAAACAUUCGCGUAUUGUUCAGGAGCUGGCCUCACACAUGAGUUUAAAGACGUUGAGCAGCAGGCAGGCGGUGAACCUGGACUACCUUCACUACCUGCGGCAGGCGCUGCUGAGCCCACUUCAGAGGCACGGAGCGGAGGGCGCCAGUCAGGCUGUGCAGCUGCUGGAUGACUACCAGCUCAUCAAGGAGGACGUGGACAGCAUCAUGGAGAUCACUGUCUGGGGAGGAAAGCCCGACCCGUACUCCAAAUUGGACUCCAAGGUGAAGGCAGCUUUCACGCGGGCCUACAACAAAGAAGUUCACUUGACGCCUUACUCGCUGCAAACUGUGAAGAAGGGCCGCCGUGGUGGUGGUGGUGGAGAGUCAGAGCUGGGAGGGGAGGACAUGGACACUGAACUUCAGGAGUCUGAGGACGAGGGCCUCAAAGCUGACGCUAUGAUCAAACAGAAGAAGGCCAAGGCCACCAAGGAGUCGAACGAGAAGAAAGAAGAUUCUGGGAAGGGGAAAGGCAAGGGCAAGGGGAAGGGCAAGGCUAAGAAAUGACCAGAGUCAUCCUCCAACUGCCCCUACAGACAAUAGUAUUUUUCUCUGCACUUACAACAACCCUGUAACGAGCAUCAUAAAGUAUUGAAACUGGCCUUAAACCCUCUGCCAAUCGACUCUAACCACACUGGCAGUGAGAUGUUUGUCCUGUUUUUUUUUUUCCACUUCCUGUCAUGUUUCCAUCAGGGUGUCUUCAUACUGAGAAAAUGACACGUAUUAUCAUGUCUGUACACCUCUGUAGUAACGCGGGUCUCAUCAGGAGCGUUGUUCAUUUCUUCCAUCAUCUGUUUGUGGUUCAGGUGUCAAGGCUGUAAAUAAUGUGACCGAUGUGCAAGACUGUUACCUUUUGCUACGACUACAGAACAAAGAGACUUUUGCUUUUGCUCUACGUUUAGAGGUGAUGACCUGUAAAUUUCACUUUUGUAAAAAUUUCGUGAGAAUUAAUAGAGAAAUAUGCCACUCA